AUGUCCUUCAACUUCGGCUCCAAUACUUCGUCAGGAAGCACUCCUUCCCUCUUCGGCACCGCUGCAAACAAGGACGCGACCUCCACCGGCGGUGGUCUCUUUGGAAAUGCAAACAAGACUCCUGCAACCACUGGCUCCAUCUUUGGCAAUGCUACUUCUAGCACUGGUCAAACAACAAGCGCUUUCGGCGCAGCUUCUCCUUCUUCACAGACUCCCACCACUUCUGGUUUCAGCUUUGGUGCUAAGCCUCCCGCGUCUGGCAGCAACCCUACAACUCCAGGUGUCGCUCCUGCUAGCAAUCCUUUCGGUGGUGCUGCUGCUUCUACCGGAGGUCUGUCUUUUGGCAACAAUUCGACCACCCCUGCUACCACAAACAAGCCCUUGUUCUCCACAACACCUGCUGGCCCACCCCCGACUCAGUCGACCGGCGGAGGUAUCUUUGGCGGCAAGCCCCUCUCUUUUGGCAAGCCUGAAGAAAAGGCUGCAGAAGCUCCCAAGUCUGCCCCAGCUUUCGGCGCUCCUCUAGGUGGUGCCGCUAACACUAACGCAUUUGGAUCAUUUGGAAAGAAGGCCGACGACAACUCUGCCGCUCCUUCACUGUUCGGCCAGAAACCUGCAGAGGUUGCUGCUCCUGCAAACAAGCCCAUGUUCAACCUUGGUGGUGCUUCUUCAUCAACCCCUCAGUCUGCCCCUGCUACCACGCCCGCUUUCUCUUUGGGCGGCAACUCCUCAAAACCAGCCUUCUCGCUCGGUGGAAACACAUCACAAACCCCUGCGUCUACUCAGCCCGCAUCCUCUGCUGCAACACCUGCACCUUCGCUCUUUGGUGGGCUAAAGGGAGGCGGCCCCACCACUUCUGCUGAAACCCCUGCUACUACCGCUACAUCAACAUCUGGUCUGUUUGGUGCCAAGAAGGACGAUGCUACUGACAAGCCCGCCGCACCUACUGGAAACUUGUUUGGCGGUCUGAACCAGAACAAGGACGCAGCCGAUAAGCCUGCUUCUUCACCCUCGCUCUUUGGUGCAACUGGUCAGAAACAGGACGAGGCCGCUAAGCCUCCUGCUUCUACAGGCAAUCUGUUCGGUGGUUUGGGCGGUGCUAAGAAGGAUGAUGCUGCAAAGCCCGCUGCCCCCACUGGCAACCUCUUUGGCAAUCUGGGCGGCCAGAAGAAGGACGAUGCUGCAGCCACUCCUGCUUCCACAACCACUACCUCAGGAUCGACUCCUGCUUUCUCACUUGGAUCAAAGCCUGCCGAGUCUAGCACACCUGCCUCGACUGGCGGUUCCGCUUUCAGUCUCAAGCCAGCUGCAGGCGGCUCUGGAGGAAGUGGUGGAAAUGGUGGUGCCCCUCCCGCUGCUGCUGCAGCAACACCAGCUGCCGGCUCUACCAAUGGUACUGGCAGCAACAGCACUGGAGCAGUUGGUAGCAGCACCACAAACGCGUCAACUUCAGGACCUGCACCCCCUGCCACAUCGCGCUUAAACUCCAAGUCCCUCGACGAAAUCAUCACACUCUGGACUACAUCCCUUUCAUCGCAUCAAAAGCAAUUCUCAAACCUAGCUACCAAGAUUGGAUCCUGGGACCGCAUGUUGGUCGAAAACAGUGACAAGAUCAGCAAGUUGUACAGCCGCACCUUCCAGGCUGAGCGCGAUACUGCUGAGGUAGAGCGUCAGCUUACCUCUGUCGAAGGCCAACAAGAAGAACUCAGCCACUGGCUUGAUCACUACGAGCGUGUCUUGAAUGACAUGGCUGCCAAGGCUGGCGGUGUUGACAGUGGUGUUGAUGCUGAACGCGAGAGAACCUACCAAACCGCUGAGCGCUGCUCUGCUCGUCUGACCACAAUGUCUCACGACUUGACCUCGAUGAUCGACGACAUCAACCUUGCAUCAACCAACCUCUCUAAGUCGUCCAAGACCGCCGAGUCAGAUCCUCUUUCUCAGAUCGUCCGCGUGCUCAACGCACAUCUUGGUCAACUGCAACAAAUCGAUGCUGGUGCUGAACAACUCAGACAAAAGGUGGAAAGUGCACAGAAGGAGGUCCGCGGCUUUGGCGGCAGAGGAGCUUCCGAUGAGGGUGUUGAAGGUUUCAUGAGAAGUUUGAGGAGAUGA